CUUUGUGGACCAUUGGUACAUCCAACAAAUAAACGUCGUUUUCAUCAGACUGCAGGUGAAGCAGCAGGGAAAUCUGGGAAAACCUCCAGGAUGGAGUCCCCGAAGAAGCUGGCGGCUCUCCUCCUCGCACUCUGGAGCUGCUGCAGUGCUCAACAAGUUUACUACAUAACUCCACAUAUUGGCAGCGCCAAUGGAGCAACACAUGUCGUCAUUGAUGGAGACGGUUUUGCCCAGGAGAACCAGUUCCAGCUGAAUCCAGCAGACGACACUUUUGGCAACCGUGUGACCUUUGUGUCAGAUACCAGGACAAUCCCUUGUGAUGUGGAGAGAGACUCAACACAUGGCAACCGGAUCACAUGUUACACCAGACCCAUGCCGAAUGAUCACUAUAUGGUCCGUGUCAGUGUGGACGGUGUUCCCAUCCCUAACAGCAAUUUGUGCAAUGGUGUGCCCAAUUCAGGCAGCUGCAGCUUCUAUACUGUGUGGUAUCGCACGCCUACUAUCACCAAGCUGAGUCCACUCAGUGGUCCCCCAGGCACCGUGGUGACAGUGCGAGGACGGAUCUACACUAAUGUGUAUGGAAGCAACACUGAGAAGAGCUCCAAUGGCCGCAAUGUCAGAUUUCUGAGAGCCUACAUGGGAGGGAUGCCAUGCGAGCUGCUCCAACCCAAUUCAGAUGAACUAUAUAACCUACGACUGGACUCUGAAACUUCUGUUUAUGGAGAAAUGAGCUGCAAAAUAACGGGGACGUACAUUGGGCAUCACAACAUAAGUUUCAUUCAUGAUGCUGAUUAUGGAAGGAGUUUACCAGAACAAAACCUGUACAUGGUUUCAGCUUUGAACAAGUUCUCCAUGUUUCAGACCCAUGCAGAGGUGACAGGAGUCUCCCCAUCCACGGGCAGUGUCAUGGGUGGAACCCUGUUGACGAUCCACGGUCGCUAUUUCGACGAAACUGAUCACCCAGCACGUGUUCUUAUUGCAGGCCUGCCGUGUGAAAUCCAGAGUGUCUCUGAUGACAGAAUUACGUGCAGGACCGCCAAACACGCGAUGAACAACAACAUGACAGUCUACCCAGGUGGAAGAGGCUUGAAGAUGGAGGUGUGGAACCAGACAAGACCCAGAUACCUAACUGACAUUUGGGGCUACAAUGAGAACACAACUGGAUACUGGACACAGCAGAUCAACUCCACACCCCACAUCUUUGAUUUUGACCUUAAUGAUUUCAGUUCAAAAGUCAGUGGCUUCUUCGUCCCUCCAGCCAGUGCCAACUACACCAUGUACCUCCACUGUGAUGACCGAUGUGAGCUCUACCUUAGCAACUCCAGCCGUCCGGAACACAAGGUUAAAGUUGCGUAUCAGACAGGUUAUGUCACAAAUUUCAUGAGAAGGGACUCACAAAAAUCUGAAGUAUUGGCCCUAGAGGCAGGAAAACACUACUACAUUGAAAUUCUGCAGCAAGAAUAUGGAGGCGCAGCCAGUCUCAACGUUGGCUUAUUUCAAGGGGAGAGUUCCUUUACAGAAGACCUGACGUACCAUGCUAUCAACGAGGUUCAGAAUAUCGUGGCUGAAUAUGACGUGUAUGAUGAAACACAGGUGGUGACCUUUGAUUCCUGGCCCAGCGGUGUUGCUACAGUCAAAGAGGUCCAGAGGGUUACCGUUAACAGCAACUGUACCAGCCCUCUUUGUGGAAGCACCUUCUUCAGCCUCAGCUACGGAGGUGCAAUGACAGGGCCGAUUCCAGUCAGCGCCUCAGCAGAUAUGGUGGAAGCAUCCUUAAACAGACUUUGGUCCAUCAAACCCGACACAGUCCAGGUCACCAAACAGGACGACAGCCAAGGAUCUCACUACACAGUCACAUUCAAUUCUAACAGAGGAGAUUUUGAACUUCUUCAUGUUGAGGUUUAUGGUGCAGACACCAUUGUCACGGUUGCUGAGAUCACAAAGGGCAGAAGCAACAUGGAGACCUUCACUCUGUUGUGGGGGGGGAUCCCUACAGAGCCCAUCGCCUUUAAUGCAAAUGAAUCUGAGGUGCAGUUGGCUCUGGAGGACAUGAUGAAAGCCAAGUGUCCUGAGGAGAUCCUGACCACUGAAGGAACUGAUGUGAAAUACUUCAAAGACUUUGAAUAUGACAAUUCUCAGUUUAUCACCACUGCGGAAGGGACUCCAGUGAAAAACUCUGCUUUCUGUGGCCUGUGGUCGCUGAAGAACGCUCAGGUUCUUUUCAAGAAGAGUUAUACCACAGAGUCUGGUGGCAGCUACGGAUCAGUUUCACUGAACAGACAUCCCAUGCUUUGCUUUGCAUACAGGGGAAUGUUAAAGGAUGAAGUUGGAAUGAAGUUCACUUACCGCAACAUCCAAGGCACAAUGCAUACAGAGACCGCAAAGAUCAGCACUCUCUUCACUAAAGGCCACAAAUGGAGUUAUAAAUGCAUGGACCUGCAGAGCUCCCUGCAGACAGAAUACAUUGGAAGCGAAUACAGUUUGCACGAGUUUUACCUCUACAAAGACAUCUCUGGUGAAGAUUUCUAUGUGGAUGCCGUUCACAUUGGAAAGCGGCCCACCACAGUUGAUGAAAAUGUUGUACCCCACAAGAGGAGACCUCCACCCUUUGAGUUCUCAGGUCGUUCCUUCGAGAUGAUCACUGUUACCAAACACACACCCACUGCUUCACAGAUCAGCUACGAGAUUACAGCCACACCGGAUGACUGUGCCUUUGAUUUCCCACUGCUAGAAGUUGCCUUCAUGCAGAUGUCUUACAGCAGCGAGGACAUGGCAGAGUUCAAGGAAGGAGCAGCCACCGUUAACAUCACCCGCCCUCACAGAGCCACCCCUCCUCUGAAUGGCACCUUUGAUGUGGAGAUUUAUGGAGAACGAGCUGAAGGCCUGUCAGUGGACAUCAGUGAGGAGGACCUCAAGUAUGCUCUGGAGGGAAUCACAGGGAUGGGUCAGGUCAGCGUAUCAUGGCUAGGAAGCUGCAGAAAACCAAAGUGGCAGGUCAAGUGGCUCACUAAUCCUGGAGACCAACCUCUGAUGAAGGUCGACAGCUCAUCCGUGGUUGGCAACAACGCAGUUGUUGUAACCAAAGAGAUGAAAAAAGGAGGAUUGUUUAGGCAAAGAAUGACAGAUACCUACCGUGUCCCAGAAACAAAACCACAGGUGGAGGUUUACAUCAACGGCAUUCCCUCAGCGUGUUCUGGUGACUGUGGGUUUGAGUGGUCUGAGGACAAGACUCCAGUUGUGACUGGAAUUAGCCCAUCUCAAGGAUCUGAUGGCCUGGGGACUCUUCUGACUGUCAGUGGAACUGGCUUUAGUAGUGAGAACGCUUCCAUCUUUGUGGGAAAGACCCCAUGUCAUGUUGAACAGAUCACCGGUACCACUCAGGUUUGCAGACUGGGCAGUGCCAGUGCUGGUACCUACCCUGUAUUUGUCAGCUUCCCCUCUCUGGGUAAUGCAGGAGGCAACAUCUUCCACUUCACCUACCAGCUCAUUGUUUCCUCGUUCUCACCACUCUCUGGAAGUGUGGCAGGAGGUACAGUGCUGACAGUGACAGGUUUUGGCUUCAGCCAGAACACCACAGUUACUGUUGGCAGUGCAGAGUGCACUUUGAUGUAUGCCACUGAGACUGAGCUGAAAUGCAGAACACCAGCGGGAACUGCAGGAUCACAGAGCGUCACAGUGAUGGUUGGAAACAUGAGUCAGACAGCCAGCAGCUCCUUCACCUAUGAUACUGACCUUACACCUCUGAUCUCAGACCUGAGUCCUCAAACUACCACAGUGAUUGCACAGGAAAUUCUCACCAUCCAGGGCUCCAACCUGGGAGGCCCAGACAAUGACAGCAUCGUGUUCAUAGGCAGAAGGGAGUGUGUGACCAUUCAGUGGACGGAGACAAGCAUCACCUGUCAUCUCCCUGUGCUGCCGCCGGGCUUGUACAAGGUGGAUGUACAGGUUGGAAACAAUGGGUACCCCCAGACAAGCAACGGUGUGAACGCUACCAUUGAAUACAUCCUGGAAGUCCACAGCAUCUCCCCACAGCUUGGCUCCUUGAUGGGAGGAACCAGGCUGACUAUUUUUGGAUCUGGUUUCAGCAGCAACACAUCUGACAACAGAGUUUCCUUUGGAGAAGCUGAGUGUGAAGUGAAGACUGCCUCAGAGAAUGAACUGCAGUGUGAUAUGCAGUCAAACGAGAGGACCUACACCGUCACCAAUCAGGGAUUCCACCACACUUAUGGACAGGGGUAUGCAUGGAGUCCUGCCUCACUCACAGUGCUUGUUGGAGACACAGUUAAGUGGCGAUGGGAGGCACCAGCUUUCCAGAAUGUAUGGUACAGUGUCUUCAGUGUUUCUAGCCCAAGUGGCACCACCUACGAGGAGGGACCAUUUAACAGUGGAGGAAAGACACAAAAAGGGUUUUUCAGCUACCGUUUCACUAUACCUGGUGUGUACUACUACAGCAGCGGCUACAUAGACAAUGCCCACGCCAGGCUACUGCAGGGAGUUGUGAGAGUCAAGGCUCGGGCAGAUAUGAGCAGCAGGGUCUCUGUCAGCGUUGGAGGCAUGGAGGCCAGACAUGUGUUGGGAGGUCCACAUCGCUCCUCUAGAUCAGCCACACAGUGUGUCGCCUCCCCACAGUGCCCACAGACCAACACCUCAAACAGCCUUUCCUUCAGCGCCUCCACCUGCUCCACCCCCACAGUCCACUCCAUCUCUCCCAACCAGGGAUCAUACCACCAGCUCAUCCACAUCCAGGGCAACAGCUUCAGCGACAUUACCUGCGCUAAUGAGGUAACAGUGGGAGGUGAGCCCUGUCAGGUGAUCAACAGCUCUCACUCUGAGAUCAUCUGCCACCUCAGCCACGACAGCGAACUUCCCAUUGGCGUCCCUCUCCCCGUAGCCAUCAGAGUCAACAACCUCGGCAGCGCCAUCCUUGCCAUACCAAAUGAGCUCGACCGGCGUUUUGUUGUUCUGCCUGUGGUCGACUCGGUCUCGCCUGCUAUCGGCAGCCCUACUGGCCACACACGGCUCCUCAUCGAAGGCUCUGGCUUCUCCUCAGGACAAGUGACAACUGCCAGCGAGCCGUGCGCUGUUGUGUCAGUCAAUUACACGUUCAUUACCUGUGACACCUCUCCUUCUCAGCCACACACUGGUGAUGUCGUCUUCCAAAUGGGCAGGAUCCAAAGCUCCUGUUAUUCAAACUGCUCCUUCACAUACUCUUCUUCCGUCACUCCUGCAAUUGCCAGUAUUUCCCCCGACAGCAUCAGCGAUCCAACCAUUGUCACCAUUUCUGGCUCAGGGUUUGGCAACAGUGUCGAUAACGUGGCAGUUUUUGCCAGCGCCUCAGAGCUGGAAGUCACUGCCGUGGCUGAUGACAACAUCCAAGUGCGAGUUGAUGCUCUGCCUGCAGGCAACCAUCCAAUUGAAGUGAUUGUAAGAAGCAAAGGCCUUGCAUCCGGAUCUGUCACUCUGAGCAGCCAUGCCCAAGCCACUCUCAACCCCGACAUGGGCAGCGUGGAAGGAGGAACUCCUCUUGUCUUCACUGGGAAUGGCUUCGCUCCGGGGAACACAAGUGUGAUGGUUGGUGAUGAACCAUGCGAGAUUGAGGAAGUGAUGCCGGGAAUGCUUCGCUGCCUGACACCUCCCCACGAUGAGGGGCUGGUAAUCGUCAUCAUCCAGGUGCUUUCAGUGCAGUAUCCGCCCCUCAACUUCACCUACUCUGCAGCUCACACUCCUAUCAUCAGCUCCAUCAGCCCUACCACUGGGCUGGGUGGUGCAGUCAUCACACUGACGGGUUCAGGAUUUGGCACCGACUCUCAGCAUAUCUCUGUCACCAUAAACCAUGUCCCCUGUGUCGUGUCUACAGUCUCAGACACACAGGUUCAGUGCACGGCAGGAGACAACCCAGGAGGGGCAUACGAAAUCAUGCUGCAUCACCAGGUCAAAGGUUACGCUGAGUCAGAUGUCACGUUCAAGUAUGAGCUGACUCUGAGCAGCGUGCAGCCAAACGAGGGCAGUUUCGGUGGUGGCGCCCUGCUGUCUGUGCAGGGCUCUGGGUUUGACCCGCACAACUCCACUGUGACGAUCUGCGGGGAGGAGUGUGAAGUUCAAAGAGAAAUGUCCACAUCAACCCGUCUGUACUGCCAGUCUCCAGCCAUCAACGAGACUCAAUCAGUGGUGAGCUGCGUGGUUGCCGUCAACAACCAGAUGGAUUCCGUCAACAUAUCAAAUGGCUACACCUACAAAUCUCAGUUGACUCCGGUGAUCACCGAGGUUUCUCCACGCAGAGGAGGCACAGCUGGAGGCACCCGGCUCACAAUCACAGGCUCUGGUUUCAGCACUGACAUGAAUGAACUCAACGUGACCAUUGCAGGCUCUGUGUGUGACGUUCAAUCCACUAACAACACACACAUCAUCUGUAUUACGAACGCUCAGCGACAGUCACAGGAAACCAAAGUCAGAGUCAGCAUAGGAGACCAAGGCAUCGCCAAUAUGGAUAAUGCAGAUUUCUUCUACAUUGACGUGUGGUCGUCCAGGUUCACGUGGGGCGGUCUGUCUCCACCUGAGAAGGGCUCGUUUGCUGUCAUCUCCAAAGGCCAGACCAUCCUGCUGGACACCAACACCCCUGUGCUGAAAAUGCUCCUCAUUCAAGGAGGGUCACUGAUUUUUGAUGAAGCAGACAUUGAGCUGCAGGCAGAAAACAUCCUGAUUACAGAUGGUGGACGGCUUCAGAUCGGCCAGGAGGGGGCGCCAUUCCAGCACAAAGCCAUCAUCACACUUCAUGGAGACCUGCGGGCACCUGAACUUCCUGUCUACGGAGCCAAGACGCUGGCAGUCAGAGAGGGAGUGCUGGACCUGCAUGGUAUUCCAGUUCCUGUCCCCUGGACCCACCUGGCUCAAACAGCAACCAGUGGCACCGUCACACUAACUCUGAUGAAAGCAGUGACAUGGAAAGCUGGAGAUGAAAUUGUCAUCGCUUCCACCGGCCACAGACACAGUCAGAGAGAGAACGAGGUGAGGAGGAUCGCCGCCGUGUCAGCCGAUGGCAUGACCCUAACCCUGACCGAGCCGCUCGAGUACACUCACCUCGGGGUGACUGUCACACUGCCUGAUGGUACUGUGUUUGAGGGCAGAGCUGAGGUGGGUCUCCUCACCAGGAACAUCUUGGUACGAGGCUCCCAACACCAAGAGUGGAAUGACAAGAUAGAAGCCUGCCCCGAUGGCUUCGAUACAGGUGAAUUCGCAACUCAAACCUGUUUCCAAGGGCGAUUUGGAGAAGAAAUCGGCAGUGAUGAGUAUGGAGGCUGCAUCAUGUUCCACGCACCCAGACCAAAUGAGAAUCUUGCAAUCGGCAGACUGGAAUAUGUUGAGGUCUUCCAUGCAGGACAGGCCUUCAGGCUGGGACGUUACCCCAUUCACUGGCAUCUGAUGGGAGACAUCGACUACAAGUCAUAUGUUCGGGGUUGUGCCAUCCAUCAGACCUUCAACAGGGCCGUAACCAUCCACAACACCCACCGGCUACUGGUGGAGCACAACGUCAUUUACAACAUCAAGGGUGGGGCCUUCUUCAUCGAGGAUGGCAUCGAGACAAAGAACAUCCUGCAGUACAACCUGGCUGUGUUUGUCAAACAAAGCACCAGCCUGCUAAAUGAUGAUGUCACUCCAGCCGCCUACUGGGUCACCAACCCUGACAAUAUCAUCCGCCACAACGCUGCUGCUGGAGGAACCCAUUUUGGCUUCUGGUACCGCAUGCACAGGCACCCCGAUGGCCCGUCCUAUGACAGAAACAUCUGCCAGAAGAAGGUCCCUCUCGGUGAGUUUUACAACAACACCGUGCACUCUCAGGGCUGGUUUGGCCUUUGGAUCUUUGUAGACUUCAACCCCAUGAAGGGAGGACACUGCUGGUCCAAUACCCCUGAGCCCGCUGUCUUCAACUCCCUCACCACCUGGAACUGUGAGAAAGGUGCAGAGUGGGUCAAUGUGGGCGCUGUGCAGUUCAACAACUUUGUCAUGGUCAACAAUGAGAAAGCCGGUAUUGAAGCCAAGCGCAUCUUGCAGUGGGCGGUAAGUGGCUUUGGAGAGGAAGGAGGGGCGAUGAUGUCAAACAGCACCAUUGUGGGCCAUGUGGACGAGCUUGAACUGGGAGAUGACUUCUGCACACACAGAGGUAUCAUCGCACCAUUGGAUGAUGGCCUCAGCGUCCAUAACACCAAAUUCAUCAACUUCGACCGCAGCUCUUGCGCAGCCAUUGGGGUGGCCAGAAUCGAUGGGACAUGUAUUGAUCGUUGUGGUGGCUGGGCUGUCAGGUUUAGUGGCAUCGAGUACUUCAACUCACCCAACAAGGCCGGCUUCAGGUGGGAGCAUGAGGUGCAGCUGGUGGACACUGACGGCUCCCUCACAGGAAACAUUGACCACAAAGUUGUGCCUAUGAGCGGCUUGCUGGAUCCUGCUCACUGUUCCCAGAGUUCCGAGUGGAGUGUGGCUUUCCCCGGCGCUGUGUGCGAUGAGACAGUCAACUUCCAUCGUUUGGCGUUAAACAACCCAACACCUGACUCUCUGAGGGCCAAAGAUGUCAUCUUAACCAACUCACAUGGCACCAGUGCGGUUCCCUAUUUAAAGAAACGAAUUACUCAUAAGUUUGGCUGGAUGGCCAUGCUGCCCUCUGGACAAACGUACAGGUGGUUCUUUGACGACAUGGAUCAUAUCACCAACAUCACUUACAAUGCAAAAUUCUAUGGCUUCAAGUCAGAUCAGUAUGUGAUCAUCAACCACAACUUCACACAGAGUCCUGACAGAUUCCAUAUCAUUGACGAUAGAAACGGCUCGUCCACACCGCUGAGCUUCAGCGACAAUGAGAAUGGAGACUGGUACUUCGACGACAGCUCCAACAACCUCUAUUAUAUCGUAUCUGGGAAGAGAAGUGAGCGCAGGCGUCGUAACAGCGUUGACCGCUCUUUGAGGGACACCAAGGUGAACUUAGGGGUCUACCGCUGCUUCUACCCUAACUGCAUCGCACCAACACCACCACCUCCAGCCACGCUUCCCCCUUUACCCAGCCACCGGCCGGAAAACUUCAUUCUGUGGUCUGAUGCCUCAUUCUGGGAAAAUUCAGCUGAGAAUAACUUCACUGUACCAGAAGAGGGCGCUGAUGUGGUCAUCCCGUCAGGGGAGUGGGUGGUUUUGGACAGUGACACUCCUCCCCUCAACAAGCUGACGGUCAUUGGAGUUUUGGAGAUCCCCGACAACAUGGGAAACUCGUCCUCCAGACCUGCUCGUUCUGCACCUGAAUACAGCACUGUGGUGAUAGAUGCUGUCUACAUCUCCAUCCAGGGUGGCAGGCUGAUUGCAGGAUGGGAAGACGAGCCAUUCAGAGGUCAACUGUACAUCAGACUGAGAGGAGACCACCGCACACCUGACUGGCCUCUGCCCAAUGGACCAAACCAGGGAUCCAAAGUCCUGGGUGUGUUUGGAACACUGGAGCUCUAUGGACUACCCCACAACGUUUACCAUACCAAACUGGCUGCCACUGCUGACGCUGGAUCCAACACUCUGACCCUGUUGAAGUCUGUCGAUUGGCAGGUUGGAGACGAGGUCGUCAUCUCCACCUCCAGCUACAACCCGUGGGAGACAGAAAAACGUGAGAUCUCCGCCGUGUCAGCAGACGGCCUCGUCCUGACCUUGAACCAGCCUUUGGCCCACGCUCACAUCGGUGAGACUUACUCUGUCUCAGGUACAUCGCUCUCCUACACUCUGGCAGCUGAUGUCGCUCUUGUGACCAGAAAUAUUAAGAUCAUUGGUGAAGACUAUCCAGAAAUGAUGCAGGAGUCGUUUGGAGCCAGAGUUCUGGUAGGCACCUACUCCUGGGAUGGCAUCGACUAUAAAGGCAAAGCUCAGAUCAGCAACGUGGAGUUCUUCCAGUCUGGUCAGGAAGGCUGGACCGACGACACCGACCCUCGUUACUCUGUGGCCUUCCUCAACCUGGGAGAGGUUUCAGAAGAUGAGACAUACAUUAAGGGCUGCGCUUUCCAUGACGGCUUCGCUCCAGCCAUCGGUGUCUUUGGGACGGAGGGACUGAACAUUGACAAUAACGUCAUCCACCGCACUGUCGGAGAAGCUAUAAGAAUUUGGGGCAACAGGAUAACACUGCGGUUUAACCUCGUGAUGUUCUCACUUUGGCCUGGAUCAUAUCAGGACAGAGAGGAGCCCUUCAACUUUAACUGGAACGCUGCUGUCGAGGUCAUUGAGGGGACAAAUGUUGUGCUGCAGAAUAACAUUGUGGCAGGUUACGAGAGAGUCGCUUAUCGCAUCAAUGGUGAACCAUGUCCAGGUUUUUUGAAUGAGAAUGAGAACUGGAUCGGCAACGAGGCUCACGGUGGUCUGUACGGAGUCUAUCUGAACCAAGAUGGUUUGCCUGGCUGCAGCCUCAUCCGGGGCUUCUUCGUCUGGAGGAGCUUUGACUACGGCAUCUACUUCCAGACCUCCAUGAACGUUAUUGUUGCCAAUGUGACCCUGGUGGACAACGGGAUGGGCAUCAUGCCAAUAAUCUACACUCCUCCUUCUCUCUCCCAUGCAUACGCUGAUAAAACUGUACAUGUUCAGAAUGCCUUCAUUGUUGGCAGCAGCCCGCACUUCAACUGUUCAGAUGCUUUGCCCAGCGGUGACUUUAAUGUGUUUAUCACCAAGAGCGAACGAGCCCCAAGACCUCUCACAGGUGGCAGAUCUGGAAUCUGUUGGCCGACCUUUGCAUCUGGCCACAACAGAGCUCCAACUAUGCCCCAUCAUGGAAUCAGUAGCUACAACGCCAUUAAAGGACUGAUGAAAGUCGUGGACACAACCUUCGCUGGUUUCCGGAGUGUCUGCUCUGAUGAAGUAGAUGUAAUGUUCAUGACCAACCCGGAGAACGAUGACCUGCAGCACCCUGUGCAGGUUUCAGGCAUAACAAUGAGUGACAGCACAGAGGAGGCCAAAGUCUACAUCCACAGGCCUGAUAUCAGUAAAGUUAACCCCUCUGACUGUGUGGACAUGGACUGCGAUGGGAAAAAGAAGACCAUGUUGAAGGAUUUGGAUGGUUCGUUUCUGGGUACAGUGGGAACUGUGGUGCCCCAGUCUGAGUAUGAGUGGGGUGGUGAUCCCAGGAGGGGGCUGGGCGACUACCGCAUCCCACCAGUCAUGCUCACUUACCUCAAUGGCAGCCGUAUCCCCGUGAACCAGAUUGCACCACACAAAGGUGUGAUCAGGGAGAACUGCACAUACAUGAGUUCCUGGCAGAGCUACAAGUGUUUCGGGCUGAACUACAGGAUGCUGGUGAUCGAGAGUCUCGACUCCGACACAGAGACCAGGCGUCUGUCCCCGGUUGCUGUGCUAGGAGAAGGCUUUGUGGAUCUGCUCAAUGGUCCUCAGGAUCAUGGUUGGUGUGCGGGCUACACCUGCCAAAAGAGACUGUCUCUUUUCCACAGCAUCGUGGCCACCGGUCACUCCUUCGACGUCUACUUCAGCAGCGUCAGCCCUCAGAAACUUCGCCUCAUGAUGCUCAACGCUGAUCCAUCUGAGAGCGUCGUGGUAUCAGUCUUCUACUCCAAGCCGCAGAGGUUGGAUGUGUAUGUUGACAACAAUCUGGUUGCUCCGACUAACGCUCAGUGGAACGCUGACAACAGUGACUACACUCUGAGGGAGCCCACCUAUCCAGGCCAAUACUUCCCCAAACUGAACACCACUGAGGGCGCAAACUACUUUGACCAGGACUACAAAAUGCUAAGGGUCUUGGUGCGGGGCUCCCAGCCAGUGGAGAUCCGAACCUCCCCGGUUCUCUUCCUCUCCUUUGAGCUGCCCGCCAUGACCGAGGAAGAGUUCUUCGGAGACAGUCUGAUCCAGAACCUUGCCACGUUCCUCAAAGUUCCCCCAAAUAUGAUCCGAAUCACCAACAUCAUCCGGGAAGAUGGAGGUGCACGGCGCAGGAAGAGAUCCACUGGCUUGAAGGUGGAGGUUGAGAUCAAGAAGCCUCCAGUCCAACAAACCAGCAACACCACCAACAAUGAGGAGGACUUUACGUUGUUGAAGAACAUCGCUGAUGAUCUGGGUCAGGCAGCAGUUUCCGGAAACCUCAGUCAGUCCAUCGGCUUUAACGUCUCCUCGAUGGGUGUCAUCCCUCCUCCUCCUCCAUCAUCUGACCCCAGCUGGGAGGAGGAGGCAAACGAAGAAGUGACGAGGGAGGAGCCGACAGUGAGCUAUGUGUCCAGCGUGAACAACCUGCUGCUGAUAGAGGAGCCGAUAGCCGGGGAGUUUGUGGGUCCUCUGUACCAGCAGCCCAGUCUCAUGGCUGUGGAUGAGCAGGGUAACUGUGUCUCUGUGGGAGUGACAUCACUCACUGUAACAGCCAACCUGAAGGACUCCAGUGGGAACAGUGUAGGCGGACUGGAAGGAAACACCACCAUCCUGUUUAGCACCUGCUGGGCAAACUUCACCAACCUGUCCAUUCUAAACAGCGGUGAGAACCUGACCAUGGUCUUCACCCUAAAGGAAUGGGGCGCCCAGUCACGCGGCUUCUCCGUCAAAAACACUCCAACCACCGAGAGCCCAUCAACGAGCACCGAGUCCGCAUCCACCCCGCCCACCACCACUGAGGACAACAGCAUCUUCGGCUCCAGCACUGCUGUGUCUGCUGGCAGUCUGUGUCUGGUCAGCGUCAUCUACUCUGUGGCCUGCUGCUCAGACAGCAUCCCCAUAUGUUAGGUGGUUCUGUGGAGUUUUAUGUUUAUGUUUUAUGAAGCAUACAACUUAUAUUCACCUCAACACGUGCAAGUCUGCUGAUUAAAACAUGUAGUCCUUCAUUAUAUUAUGCACAUGGCUGGUUUUUGGUGGUAAGAUAUUUAAAAAAGUUUUGGGGAUGUGGGUAAGAAAUCUCAACACUUAUACAUUAACCAAAGAAAUUAUUGGAAGCACCCCCUCACUUUGUUUCUGUCUCUUUUGGGUUCUUUUGUUGUAUUGUGUGUAAAUCUCUGUUUAUGAUGAUGCGUCAGGUGUAAGAUCCAAAUAGAUUUUCUAUUUUUAAACGGUGCAAUAGGUGUUUUACUUGACUCUGUUGUAACAAGAUGAAGGAAGUUGAUGUUAAACUAUUUUCUCUUUUCAAUAAAUUCUAUUUUUUGUUGAUAAACACA